AAUGAGUAAUCAAGAAAGACAUUCAUCGAGAAACCAUGGCCAGCAAAGACCGACGCGCAAACAGCCUCGCGAUAGUUGACGCGGUUACCAAGUCGAACCCUUUUUUCGAGAUUUUCGGAGAAUGUCGUCUAGUGCACAGGUGGCUGGAAAGCAAAUCAGAUAAGUCCGUGUGGCUGCUGCUGAAACUUCUUGAUGGUGUAUUCCGAGGAUUCUCUCAAGUAGUUUUUGCAAAUAAUACCUUCAGUGGGCUUUUUGUUAUUAUUGGCUUGGGUGUGGCAGAUAUUUCCGUUUGUGCAGCUGGACUAUUAGCUGCUACCUUAGCAACUGUAACGGCAUGGGUGUUCAACCAACCUUGGAACUUAAUCAGUAAUGGUUUGGUGACCUACAACGGCGUGUUAGUUGGAACUGUUACUGCCAGCAUUUGUCCACCUAUCGUGAUAGCUACUAAUGGACCUGCUUACCUUUCUUGGUGUUUAAUAGGAUUCGGCGGAAUAAUGAGUGCAUUAGUCACCUCUGGCAUGGCCAAUUUGUGUAAGGGCGCAUCACUUCCGCCGAUGACAGUUCCCUUCAAUCUCAUAGACCUCUUGCUAUUCAUCUGUCUACCUUCGGCUCUGACGCAUCUUGCACCUGCUGUGACAGCGCAAAAUGCUACCAUGCUUCAGUUGAAUGCGUCUACCAAUGAAAGUGUGAUAGUCCUGAAUGGCACGAUACCAGAUAUCACGCGAUUAGGGCUCGAUUGGAUCAUGGUAUUACGUGGUAGUUUAGUAUCAAUGGGACAAGUUUACGCGGCUGAAAGUAUUGCUUGUUCAAUCAUCAUGUACCUGGGUAUAACUAUGUUUUCUCCAAUGCUUUCGAUUGCCCUGUUUGGAGGUUCCCUUUUAGCUUCAGUCUGCGCACUUGGGCUUACCGAGAAUUAUGGCGCAAUUUAUUCCGGUCUUUGGGGUUACAAUUCGGCACUAACUGCAGGAGCAAUUGCAGUAACCUUUUACAUUCCCACUUUGUUAUCAGUUUUUAAUGCGGCCAUGGCAAUUGUCUUCACAGCGGCUGCUCAGCGCGCAUUUGGUCUGGUACUGGCACCGGCUGGAUUACCAAUUUUGACAAUUCCCUUCGUGGUCACCAGUUCAAUGUUCCUAGCCGUCACAAGUGGAACCGGAUUUGAGAGAUUAGUCAAGGCACCCGACGGAAGGCCUCCAGAACAUCAGCGCAGAAGACACAAAAGGUCGGCUAUUCAGAGCGAAGCAUGUGAUGUUUAAAUUACCAUCACUAGUGGCGGCAAUAGGUUUAAGUCUAAACACGCGCAGCUAGUAAGGAAAACAAGGGCAUAAAACUAAUUGGACAUAAAAUUAAAUUGACGACGAAAUCAACUUCAUCUCCGUAAAAUAAAAAUACAAAAGGCGUCACUACAAUUAAAAUGCUAAUGCUAUCGAUGGUACCUACUGAAUUCUAAUCAUAAACGAGAACCGUGAUAAGUAGCAUAGCACG